CUUGGAUCGACGCAGCAUGCCUGAUUGUUGACAGCUCCGUACACCACAAUGGCCGAAAUCCAGGAUACACAACCUGCUCGGGUUGAUAUUUCCAAAAGCAACAGCAAUGUGCCAGCCGAAGGAUAUGAUAAGAAAUGUAUUUUCUGCAGGAUUGUAAACAAUGAAAUGGGCACAGAGCUUCUUCACUGUGAUGAAGAGAUCUCAUGUUUCAGAGACAUCAAACCUGGAGCCCCCCAUCACUACCUUGUUGUCCCAACCAAACAUGUAGGAAACUGUAAAUCCCUAACUAAAGAGCACCUACCAUUGGUGAAGCGGAUGGUCGACAAAGGGAAGGAGAUCCUGGAAAAAAACAACAUAACGGACCUCAGUGAUGUCAGAUUUGGUUUCCACUGGCCUCCAUUCUGUUCUGUCACACACCUCCACCUUCACGUCCUGGCACCUGCCAGUCAAAUGGGCUUUAUGUCACGUCUCUUCUACAGACUCAACUCCUACUGGUUCAUCACAGCAGACCAGCUGAUUGAGCUUCUCAACUCUAAAGGCGAGACAAACUGAUCACUUGGAUCUUGCCAUAUGUGACUGACUGCACUGAGGUGACUUGCAAUCAGGCGUCUUGCAG